UGAGUGUCUGAGCUCUCUGUUUGUAAUAGAGACUCGAAAGCAGACCAUUUUACGGCCCUCCGGUCAGUCUCACCGGACAUUCACGCUAUCUUUUGUGACGUUACUCAAAAAAAAAUCAUUGAAAAAUCAAAUUUAUUGUUUGUACUCAUAAUUAAUUUGUAAAACAGUUAUCUGUGUACUUUUUUUAACGGUCGUAAGUUGAUUAUUGCAUUUAAAAAUGAUAAUUUUGUUAUUGUUUUAGUUUUAUUCAGUAUUAUGAAUAAUUGUUCUGUUAUUGUUGCAUUUAUUUGUUGUUAGAAUUGUGCGGUAAAAUUAUUAUUCGUGGUGAGUGAAUUUUUAUUAUCAUUUUUUUUUAUUCAAAAUAUUUUUGUAACCGACAAAUAAGGCUUAUUGCUAAUUCGGUUGAAUUUUUUGUUAUGUAAAUUUUGGUAGAUGGUGCAGGAAAUGAGUAACUGGAUUCGCAAGUAUUUUAGACAGAUAUGGAAAAUAUAAUGUUUAAAAUUUCAUUCAUCUUUUUAUUUUUUAUCCAUUCAAAUUGUGGUCAAAUUAUCAGAGAUACACGAUGUUUUUUGGAAAAUGGAGCAACAGCGUCUCAUCUUUUUGUGAGCGAAGACAAAAAAGUAGGGGAUACAAUUGGAGUACUUGGUGUAAUAGGAGAUCCUAGCAUCGAUGGAGACAUUGAGUUGAGGUUACAAGAAAGGGACAGUCCUGUAACAAUUUUACCUCACUCGCGAAAUUUAACUCUCGUAAAAGUCCUUGAUAAAGAAGGUAUUGAUGGCCCAGCUAGUGUUUACAUUAAUGUUAUAUGUGAAAGACGACAUACCCUAGAUCCAGGCUUUGUAAUUCCUGUAAAUAUUCGAGUUACGGAUGCUAAUGAUAAUGCACCACUAUUUGUUAAUGCUCCUUAUAUUUUAAAUAUUUCUGAGGUCACCGUUGUGGGUACUAGAGUGUUACAAGGAGUAAGAGCUGUGGAUUUAGAUCAACCUGGUCCUUACUCCACUGUCCAGUAUGCCGUUUUAUCAGGCCCACAUUCGGACUACUUUACAUUCAUCAAUGCUUUGGAAGGAACACUUGUUCUUAAGAAACCUUUGGAUUAUGAAACUCUUAAGAAUUUUUCUGUUAAUAUUCGUGCCCAGGAUCAAGGUGUGCCACCCCAGUCAUCAAUUACAACGCUAACAGUGAAUGUAAUUGAUGCUGAUGACCAAAAUCCUGCAUUCUUACACGAUCAGUACAAAAUAAUUAUUCCUGAUGGAAUUAUAAAUAAAAAGAUAAUUUUGCCAGUGACUCCAGCUCCAAUAAAAGCUGUUGAUCAAGAUGUUGGGAUUAAUGCGCCAAUUAGAUAUACAACUCAAAAUAGGAUUCUGCCAUUUUUGCAUUUAGAUCCUCAUUCUGCGGAAAUUUCUUUAAUACGUAAUUUAAUGAAUCACGAAUUACUGACUCCAACCACAAUCGUAAUAAAAGCUACUCAAGUUGAUAAUCCAGAUCGAUAUAGCUUGGCCACUGUUGUGGUUUCGCGAGAGAGUGGUUUCAAUACAAUGCCUACCGCAGGUGGAAAAUUGCCUGUAAAAUUUAUUUUAAAAGAUUUUACUAUAAAUGUUCCUGAAAAUACACCACCUGGAAGUAUUAUUCUAUCAACAGGAUUGAAUAAAGUUGAUUCAAACACACAAUUCUGGUUAGAUGGUGCAGAAGAAGAAUUAGCAAAGUUUUCUGUUAAUAGUGCUGGUGAACUUGUACUUAGAGCUCCUUUGGAUUAUGAGAAAAAAGUAUUACAUACUUUUUUAGUUCACGUUUCUGAUGGCAACAAUAACGAUACUGCACGAGUUAACGUUGCAGUAGAAGACAUCAAUGAAUGGGAACCAAGGUUUCGUCAUCCACGGUAUGAAUUUCAUGCACGAACGCUUCGUGAGGGAACAAUUGUAGGAAGAUUAGAGGCUGCUGAUGGUGAUAGAGGUGAUAGAGUUUCUUUAUCAUUACGAGGACCUGAUGCACAGUCAUUUAUGUUGAGAGAUAAUGGUGAACUCAUUUUAAUAUCACCAGGACCAUUUAAUAGUACAUUAGCUCGUUUAGUAGCAGUCGCAACAGAUUCUGGAAAACCACCACGGACCAGUAUGAUUCCCUUAAUUGUCCAUUUACCCAACGCACGAGCCCCAAUUGCAGCUCGUGCAGCUCCAAGUUGGCUCAGUGGGAGUGUCUUUCUAGUUGCUGUCUUUGGAGUAGUUCUUGGACUACUUGGUGUUGUAAUUUUAAUUCUUAUUUUAUAUAUUUAUAAGCAAAAACGACCGAAAAAUGAUGGUUCUGUACAUUCAAUUGGAACAGGAUAUCGAGGAAAAUCUCCCGUUCCAUCGGCACUAAAUCCUAGUCCACAAAUUCUGGGUGCUAAUUCUUUACACGAUACAUCAGAAAGUAUUGGUAAAAAGCGAAGUCGAAUGAAAGACAUGAGUAACCCAGUUUUUGGAGAAGAUAAUGAAAAUUCAUUUAAUACUGCAGGAAAAAGUGCAACAUCAACACGACAUUUAUCUGCAUAUGCCAAUCGUCAUAAAGUGGCUCCUUUACCCGUUCCACCAGCUCUAUCAGCUACUUCUAAUAUUCCAAAUAUCGGAGGCUUGGUACAGAAUAUGAAUGAUUUAAGUUCAAGAAUGAAUCUUGAUACAAUUUCCCAAAACUCGUCGAAUUAUUCUGUUGAUCCUCCAGAUUCACUUGCUCCUUCCUGGCCCGGAAAUGAAGCAUCUAGACAUGUGAAAAAAUUAUCGUGGAAUGAUGAUAGAGUUACAGGUAGUAUUGACGGAAGUAUAGAAGCAAGGAAUGAGAAUAACCAAGGACCUGAAAAAUUGAAUCUUACUGUAUAUUUUUAAUUAAGAAAGUCAUUUUGAAGUAAUAUAAGUUAAUGUUGUCUAAUGAUAAAAUA